UAUUACUCUUAUUAUUCCAUAUAUCAAUUGCCCCUCCAUGUGUAAUGAUGCCGCCACACACCUUCUCCUUCCAUUUUGUUUUUCUUUAAUUUCCUUUUUGUUUGUAUAGUAUAUUAGGAUAAGAUUUUUUAUAUUGAUAGUUGAUCGGAGUAGUUAUUAUUUUAAAUUUAAUUAUUACAUAAUAUAUUAAUUUUCUUGAGUUUGGGCUCGGACUUAGUAUAAGCCUAAUAAAACUAGUUUAGUAUCAUAGUUAUCGGUAAUAAUAGUAUUAAACUAUGUAGAAGUCGGUGAUGAAGUUGAAAUAAAUUUACCUCUGCUUUAUUUAUUGUCUUUGCGGGCCACACGAUUCCGAUAUUUUGUGAAUCUACCCUGGUUGGUUGUUCAAUUUCUCUCCUCUUCCCAACGAUAAAGCUUAAUUCAAACCAUGGCGGAGAACCCUAAUUGCACUGUUUAUGUCGGAAAUUUGGAUGAGAGAGUAUGCGAUCGUGUACUCUAUGACAUUCUAAUUCAAGCAGGGCGUGUUGUUGACUUGCACAUUCCCCGUGACAAGGAAACUGAUAAGCCUAAAGGUUUUGCCUUCGCUAAGUAUGAGACGGAAGAGAUUGCCGACUAUGCUGUCAAGCUUUUCUCUGGUUUAGUUACACUCUACAAUAGAACAUUAAAAUUUGCAAUUUCUGGGCAAGACAAGCCCUCUAAUAACUUGCCAAUGGCUACACCGCCGACAUUAAAUAUUCGCUCUAGACCAAGGCCUUAUCCUGUACCUUAUAGUGAUAAGGAAAUUUCUCCAAAUUCUGUGAGGUUGUCAACUUCAUGCUGGUUUUCAGAGCACCAAACUAAUUCCACACAAGUUGCAGUUCCCCCUCCCCCUGGUGUUUCAGUAAACCAGUCUAAUGGGUAUGGAUCGCCUUACAAUGGAUAUAGAUCACAUUAUGAUGGCAACAAUUAUGAUUAUGAUCGAAGAGUAUUUGGGGCAGCUUUGGAUAGUAUAACACGCUCUAGGUUGGGCCGAUAUGAUGCCCGUAACCCAUCCAGUUAUCCUUCUUAUUGAUUUUUGAUUAGCUUUGGGUAUCGAGGAAGCUCUGGCAUGCCUUCUACUAAGUUAUGUAGGUGUAUUGGCGCACUUUGGGGAGUUUCUGCAAGGUGCAUUAGAUUUAGUCUUGUGUCUCUUUGUUGUUCAUCGUUGUGAUAGUUUGUCUUUGGUUAUGUUUGCGAUGUCUGUGCUCGUGGAACUAUAUGUUAAUUGUUCUUUGAUCCAUCUCUAUAUAAUAUCUAUUCUAGCAA